AUGCAGGUGGAUCGGAGCUGUGUGGUUUCCAGUGCGUGGUGUGCGUCUCUGCUUUUACUUUUCUCAACUCUAAGCACCAGGGUCACUGAUGUGGGAGGAACCCACCAAAGCAUCCCUCCGUCCGUGGUGAAGCUUUGGGCUUCAGCGUUUGGCGGGGAGAUGAAGUCCAUCUCAGCGAAGUACUCCGGCUCCCAGCUUCUGCAGAAGAAAUACAAGGAGUUUGAGCGGGCAGUGCGGGUGGAUGAGAUCGAUGGGCUGCGGCUGGUAAAGAGGCUGGCAGAGGACAUGGAGGAGAUGUUUCACAAGAAAGCCCAGGCAAUGAAGAGACUGGUAAUGGCGGCAGAGGAAGCCCACCUACAGCACGAGGAGGAUCCAGACCUACAGUAUGAAUACUUCAAUGCAGUGUUGAUCAAUGAGGUGGACGAGGUGGGGAACAGCGUAGAGCUGGGAGGAGAAUUCAUCCUGCAACCCAAUGAUCACUUCAACAACCUGUCAGUCAACCUCAGUCUCAGCGUGGUCCAGGUGCCCACCAACAUGUACAACAAAGACUCUGCUAUUGUCAACGGGGUGUACUGGUCCGAGGCCUUGAAUAAAGUGUUUGUGGAUAACUUUGAGAGAGAUCCAUCACUCAUAUGGCAAUACUUUGGCAGUGCCAAAGGCUUUUUCAGGCAAUACCCAGGGAUCAAGUGGAAGCCGGAUGAACAUGGGGUCAUAGCUUUUGACUGUCGUAACCGGAAGUGGUACAUCCAGGCUGCCACUUCUCCAAAGGAUGUGGUCAUACUGGUUGAUGUCAGCGGCAGCAUGAAAGGCCUCAGGCUGACCAUCGCCAGGCAGACUGUCUCCUCCAUACUGGACACUCUUGGGGACGAUGACUUUUUUAACAUCAUUGCUUACAAUGAGGAAUUGCAUUAUGUGGAGCCGUGCUUAAAUGGAACUCUGGUCCAAGCGGAUGUCACCAACAAAGAUCAUUUCCGGGAGCACCUCGACAAGCUGUUUGCUCAAGGCAUUGGUAUGUUAGACAUAGCUCUGACUGAGGCCUUCAAUCUUCUCAGUGACUUCAAUGAGACUGGGAGGGGCAGUGAGUGCAGCCAGGCCAUUAUGUUGGUGACAGAUGGGGCAGUGGACACAUAUGAUGCCAUCUUUGCCAAGUAUAACUGGCCAGAGAGGAAGGUCCGCAUAUUCCCUUACCUGAUUGGUCGAGAGUCAGCCUUCGCAGAUAAUCUGAAAUGGAUGGCAUGUGCUAACAAAGGCUACUUCACCCAGAUUUCCACGUUGGCAGAUGUGCAAGAGAAUGUGAUGGAGUAUCUCCACGUGCUGAGUCGUCCCAAGGUGAUCGACCAGGAGCACGACACAGUGUGGACCGAGGCCUACAUCGAUAGCACACUCCCCCAAGCACAAAAGUUGGAUGAUGGUCAAGGUCCGGUUCUAAUGACCACAGUUGCAAUGCCAGUGUUCAGUACCAAGAACGAGACUAGAAACCGCGGCAUCCUGCUGGGUGUGGUUGGAACUGACGUGCCUGUCUCUGAGCUGCUCAAGACCAUCCCCAAAUAUAAGCUGGGCAUUCACGGCUACGCCUUUGCAAUCACCAACAACGGCUACAUCCUCACCCAUCCAGAUCUGCGGCCACUCUACGGAGAUGGCAAGAAGCGAAGGAAGCCAAACUACAGCAGUGUGGAUCUGUCCGAGGUGGAAUGGGAAGAUAAGGAUGACACGCUGAGAAAUGCCAUGGUCAACAGGAAGACAGGGACCUUCUCCAUGGAGGUGAAGAAGAGUGUUGACAAAGGGAAACGUGUGCUGGUGUUGCAUAAUGAUUACUACUACACAGACAUCAAGGGGACCCCUUUCAGCCUAGGGGUAGCUCUUUCCAGAGGCCACGGGAAGUUUUUCUUCAGAGGGAAUGUCACGGUGGAGGAAGGGCUUCAUGACCUGGAGCAUCCAGAUGUAGCACUGGCAGACGAAUGGACAUACUGCAACACAGACGAGCACCCAGAGCACCGCUACCUGUCCCAAAUAGAGGCGAUCAAACUCUACCUCAGUGGACAUGAACCCCACCUGCAAUGUGACAAGGAGCUGAUUCAGGAGGUCCUCUUUGACGCGGUGGUGACCGCCCCUUUGGAGGCAUACUGGACGAGUCUCGUGCUCAAUAAGUCUGAGAACUCUGAUAAAGGGGUGGAGAUAGCCUACCUGGGCACAAGAACGGGCCUGUCCAGGAUUAACCUGUUUGUGGUGCCUGAUGAGCUCACAAACCAAGACUUCCUGACAGCUGAAGACAAAGAGGGGGUGUUCAACGCCGAUCACUUUCCCCUGUGGUACAAGAGAGCAGCAGAACAAGUUCCUGGUACCUUUGUCUACUCGCUACCUUUCAACACAGGAUCAGAAAACAAGAGUGUUGUAUUGGCCAGCACUGCCAUUCAGCUUCUGGAUGAGAGGAAAUCACCCAUAGCUGCGGCUGUGGGCAUCCAGAUGAAACUGGAGUUCUUUCAGAAGAAAUUCUGGACAGCCAGCAGACAGUGUGCAGCAUUGGAUGGGAAAUGCUCCAUAAGCUGUGAUGACGAGAACAUUAACUGCUACCUGAUCGACAACAACGGCUUCAUUCUGGUAGCAGAGGACUACACUCUGACAGGGAAAUUUUUUGGAGAAGCGGAGGGAGCUGUAAUGAGUAAGCUUCUACAGAUGGGCUCUUUCAAGAGGGUCACUCUGUAUGACUACCAGGCUCUGUGUUGGGUUUAUUCUGAGAGCAGUGACAGCGGACACAGACUGUUGGACCCUUACUUUGCUUUCUUCUCAGCCAUGAAGUGGAUCCUUACUGAGCUUGUCAUAUUCCUGGUCGAGUUUAACUUGUACAGCUGGUGGAACUCUGACCUCACAGCUAAAGCUCAGAGGAUGGGUCGGACCAUGCAGGUACCAUGUGACACAGAGUACCCGGCCUUCAUCUCCGAGAGAACCAUCAAAGAGAACACGGGCAACCUUGACUGUGACGGCUGCAUCAAGUCCUUUGUGAUCCAGCAGAUCCCCAGCAGUAAUCUCUUCAUGGUGGUGGUGGACAACAAGUGUGACUGCAGCAUGUUUGAGCCAAUCACCAUGGACCCCAUCGAAAUCAUGUAUAAUGAAUCUCUCAAGUGCGAGAGGUUGAAGAUGCAAAAGGACAGGAGGCGCCCCGAUACCUGUCACCCUUUUCACCCAGAGGAGAACUCAAUGGAGUGUGGAGGAGCUGAGGGUCUCGGCCCGUCUCUUGCAGCAACGCUGCUCUGCGUCCUCCUGGCGCUGUUCCCUAGGUGACCAGAGCUGGCCACGCCUCUCCAUCCAGAACUUGACUUGGAUCGGCUUGGCUCGGCAUGCAAAAGAAUCACGACGAUGCCACAGAAAAAAACACUUCUGCCCCAUAUAAAACUGCGCCCAAUUCCAACUCACCACCUGCAAAGCCCCUAGCCCUGAGGUACCUCCCAACAAGGCACUUAUUUGAAAGGAUUGAUAAUGGAUAGCAGCUGCUAAGUAGUGAUCAUUAAGGUGCUUUAGCAAUACCAAAUGAGCUGCACGGAGAGAUUUUUAGGGAAGUUUUGAAAAUAGUAAUAAUGCUAACAAUGCACAUAGUAGCUUAAAAACUGCACAAGUGGUCCAGUAAAACCCACUGACGCUCACACCACUAUGUUCAGUCCUUUCAGGUAGCAGCUAAGGGCUGGGGUCUGUAGCUGGGCUUGGAACUGGGCAUUAGAGCCACGUAACACCCAUGUGGAGAAAGACAGGUGCACCUUCCCCUGGCCCACUCUGACUUUCCAUGGACAAUAAUGAUUCUGAGGAUUAAAAAAAUAAUAAUAA